AUGCCAGAGUUAAUUCACACGUUACUUCAACUACACUAUGAGCAGUUCUUGGUCGCCCAAUUUGAUGAUCCAGACUACUUGAGGGUGUUUCUAAGUCCUCAGAUGAGCACUCCCGAUGAUCCGGUGAUCCAUAGUCCACCACCAAUCGGCUCCGCUGGUUUGAAUGGAUAUCCAGCCGGGAUCAAAAUGGAGGAGCCGACAUCUGGCUCGUGCACUUCGCCAGAAGACGCUAAUAUGGAUCCGUCGUCUGAGGAGAGCCGGCGACGACAAAAGACGUGUAGGGUAUGCGGCGAUCACGCGACGGGUUACAAUUUCAACGUGAUCACUUGUGAGUCGUGCAAGGCUUUCUUUCGCAGAAAUGCGCUUCGCCCAAAGGAGUUCAAAUGCCCGUACUCUGAGGAUUGCGAGAUCAAUCCAAUUAGUCGCCGAUUCUGCCAAAAGUGCCGAUUGAGAAAGUGCUUCACUGUUGGGAUGAAGAAGGAAUGGAUUUUAAAUGAGGAGCAACUCCGCCGGCGGAAAAACUCCAGACUUAAUAACCAGUCAAACUCGAAACGAGUUCAGCAUCAUCAAUCCCAGCACCCACCCGCACAGCAGAAUCAUCCAUCGGUAGCUGUCUACGUAAGAAUUACUCGGCCAUUGUCUAUUAACCCUUUAGAGAACCAAAUGCUUCAUCAUAUUCAAAAUCGGCAAAACGUUAUGCCACAGUUGAUGAGUCCGCCUGGACCUCCACAACCAUAUUCAUUAACCUCGCCAGUUGGCUCAACGUCAUCUGAAUCACCGCCUUCAAGAAAUCUUACAAUGAUGUACGUCGAUCGAAGUCCGGAAGGGUAUGAUCCGAACAUGAUGUCACAUCGUGUGCAAGCGCCGAUCAUGCAGACACCGGAGGUGAAGUUUGAUGCUGACGGGAAGGUCGUUCUGAGCGCUGAAGAGUACAAGCAGCUACUUGCUAAGAUCCCUCCAGGCGCAAUAAAUAGUGGAGACGAUGAGCCGCAUACAAAACGCACCGCUUAUGCUCAACAACUUCCACCCUCAAAUCAGCAUACUCCUCCAUAUAGUGCUCCAAUGAGUGACAUGACACUGUCCCGAAACAAUUCCACAUCAUCGGGAUCAGAUAAUUUGUAUCACGGCACCAACGGCAACCAGACCUACUUCGAUCUUGCUUCUUUUGGAAUGGGCAUGGCGACCGCCACUGGAGACGGAGACGCCGCUGAAGAGAUGUAUCGCCAAAUGAAUCGCUUCUGCGAUAACAUCAUCCAAUCGGCGCUCGAAAGCCCAGAGAAUGUCGCUCCAACUAUUGACCAUCAUCAACCAAUGACCCCUUUACCAAAAAGCGACGUUCUCUCGGCCAACGAACUCAAAGUGCUCGACACUGUUCGCGAGGCGUUUGGUGGAAUGGAUGAGCAAAUGGAGGAGGGACGUCAGCUCGCUUCGUUCUUGCGAAAAGAGAAGACUCCAGCCGACAUUAUGAACAUCAUGGAUGUCACCAUGCGCCGUUUCGUUAAGGUUGCCAAGUGCAUCCAGACUUUCCGCGACAUCUCACAGGAGGGAAAGUUCUCCCUUCUCAAGGGUGGAAUGAUUGAGAUGCUCACUAUUCGCGGAGUCUGCCGCUAUGAUGCCGCCACCAACUCAUUCAAGACCCCAACAAUCAAAGGAGUUGAUGUCUCGAUCAAUGUUGAUGAGAUGUUUGCCAAACUUAACGCCAACGCCCAGGCUCAGAAGCAGAAAUGUUUGGAGUUCUUCCGCUUUUUCGACGAGGAGAUUAAGAAGAAUGAUCUUGCGGUAAAUCUUGUGAUGCUCAUUGUCCUCUUUUCGAUUCGUCACGACCCACCAAUGAGUGAACGCGAUGUGACGUUGAUUUCAAACGAGCGUCAGAAGUACAUGUCGCUUCUCGGCCGCUAUUUGGAAUCGCUGUAUGGCAAUGGAGCCAAGAGAAUCUUCGAUCGUGUCCCACGUGCUCUUGCGAUGCUUAACGACAUUGCUAGAAACGCUGGAAUGCUCUUCAUGGGAACCGUCCGCAACGGAGAGGCUGAGGAGCUACCAAAGGAGUUCUUCCGCAUCGAAUAA